CAUGGAUUGCAAAGAUAGACCAACUUUUCCAGUUAAGAAGUUAAUACAAGCCCGUCUGCCGUUUAAGCGCCUGAAUCUUGUCCCAAAGGGGAAAGACGAUGACAUGUCAGAUGAUCAGGUUACUUCUGUGCAGAGUAAAAGCCCCGAUUUGGAGGCCUCUUUGGACACCUUGAAAAACGACUGUCCUAUGGGUUCUGACAUAGACUUUAGACCAAAACUUGUCAACGGGAAGGGUCCCUUAGAUAACUUUUUAGGAAACAGAGUCGAAACCAGUGUUGGCCAGAGCACAGUCAUCAUUGAUUUGACAGAGGACUCAAAUGAGCAGCCAGACAGUCUUGUGGACCACAAUAAACUAAGUUCUGAAGCUUCUCCCUCCAGGGAAGCAGUAAAUGGCAACCGAGAAGACACUAGGGAUCAGCAGGGGUCGUUGAAGGCCAAUCAGAACGACAAGUUGGCAUUUCCUGGAGAGACCCUUUCAAACAUUCCUUACAAAACAGAGGAGGAGGGUGUUGGCUGUGGAGGUGCAGGGAGGAGAGGUGACUCCCAGGAAUGUUCACCACAGAGCUGCCCGGAGCUGACGAGUGGUCUGAGACUGUGCUCCAGAAAGGAGCAGGACAGUUGGAGUGAAGCUGGGGGCAUCCUGUUCAGAGGGAAGGUGCCCAUGGUGGUCUUGCAGGACAUCUUGGCUGUGAGACUGCCCCAAACCAAGUCCCCUCCAGCCACACCCCAAGGCAAGGACAUGACCCCUGAGAGCGGGACGCUGGAAUCUUGCCCUGAAGAAGACUCUGUACUCAGCCAUUCGUCCCUGAGCUCUCCCUCUUCCACCAGCUCUCCCGAGGGGCCGCCUGCUCCCACAAAGCGACACAGCAGCACCAGUCCCUUCCCCACCUCCACGCCCGUCCGCAGAAUAACUAAGAAAUUCGUCAAAGGCUCUACAGAGAAGAACAAGCUCAGACUGCAAAGAGAUCAGGAGCGUCUGGGCAAGCAGCUCAAGUUACGCGCAGAAAGGGAAGAAAAGGAGAAGCUGAAAGAGGAGGCCAAGCGGGCCAAGGAAGAGGCCAAGAAGAAGAAGGAGGAAGAGAAGGAGCUGAAGGAAAAGGAGAGGCGGGAGAAGCGGGAGAAGGAUGAGAAGGAGAAGGCGGAGAAGCAGCGGCUCAAGGAGGAGCGGCGCAAGGAGAGGCAGGAAGCCCUGGAGCGCAUUAAAGCAGAGAAGGCCGAAAUCACGAGGUUCUUCCAGAAACCAAAGACUCCACAGGCCCCCAAGACCCUGGCUGGCUCCUGUGGGAAGUUUGCCCCCUUUGAAAUUAAAGAGCACAUGGUCCUGGCCCCUCGGCGUCGGACCGCCUUCCAUCCAGACCUCUGCAGUCAGCUAGACCAGCUCCUCCAGCAGCAGAGCGGCGAGUUCUCCUUCUUGAAAGACCUCAAAGGCCGGCAGCCCCUGAGGUCCGGACCUACCCAGGUUUCCACCCGGAAUGCAGAUAUUUUUAACAGUGACGUCGUGAUCGUGGAGCGUGGGAAGGGCGAUGGCGUUCCCGAGAGGAGGAAGCUCGGCAGGAUGAAGCUCCUGCAGUUCUGUGAGAACCACCGGCCGGCCUACUGGGGUACCUGGAACAAGAAGACGGUGCUCAUCCGCGCACGAGACCCCUGGGCCCAGGACACGAAGCUCCUCGACUAUGAGGUGGACAGUGAUGAGGAGUGGGAAGAAGAGGAGCCCGGGGAGUCCCUGUCCCACAGUGAGGGGGUAAGGAUGUGCCCUAGCUGUGUUGGUGCUGAGGACAUGGACGGCUUCCAGGCAGACACAGAGGAGGAGGAAGAGGAGGAGGGCGAGUGUAUGAUCGUGGACGUCCCGGACGCUUCGGAGGUCCAAGCCCCGUGUGGAGCCGCUUCUGGAGCUGGGGGUGGUGUCGGGGUGGACACUGGCAAGGCCACCCUGCCUGCGAGCCCACUGGGCGCGUCUUGAGAGCAGUGGUGACAUACGUAGAACGCUUAGGGUGUCCUCCCCACGGAGCAGAUACUUGAACCGACUCGAUUCCUGUGUAAAGAGCACUUUGUCCUGCUUCACGGACCUCCCCAAGGUGUGCAGAGUUCUAUAUAGGAUGCUGGAUUAGUUCCUUUGAUAUUUGUAAAAAUUCCCCCAAGAGCUGCAUAUGAAUCUGCCCUUUAAUAAAGCAUUAUUGAGAUUGCUGGCCUAUCGGGGAAGCCUGCAGGCACAGGAGCAGGCGUGGAAUCCAGUACUUGUAAAUGAAUUGAAGCGCCAGGACCACCCACCUGGCCAUGUGCACGGGCCCCGUGUAUAAACGAGGCAGUGUAUAAAGAGGCAGUGUAUAAACUUAUUCUCUAGCACUG